AUAAACCAAAAUAAUAGCUCACAACUCUUUUAUUUCUCCAUUCCCUUUGAACUAUUCUCCUUUUUUUAGAGUCUUUUUUUUUAAAAAAAAAUAAAAAAUCUAAAUAACUAUGGGUAGUUUGGAAGUUGAGAAAAAAGCUAUUGGCUGGGCUGCAAGAGAUCCUUCUGGUAUACUUUCACCUUAUACCUACACUCUAAGAAACACAGGGCCUGAUGAUGUGCAAGUCAAAAUUUUGUACUGUGGACUUUGUCACAGUGAUAUUCACCAGGUUAAAAAUGAUCUUGGCAUGUCCAAUUACCCUAUGGUUCCUGGACAUGAAGUUGUUGGAGAAGUGGUAGAGGUAGGGCCAGAGGUAUCAAAAUUCAAAGUGGGGGAUAUAGUUGGAGUUGGAUUGCUUGUUGGAUGUUGCAAAACUUGCAGGCCUUGUAAGCAAGACAUUGAGCAAUAUUGUGCUAAGAAGAUAUGGAAUUGCAAUGAUGUCUACACUGAUGGCAAGCCAACCCAAGGUGGUUUUGCUAAUUUCAUGGUUGUUGAACAAAAAUUUGUGGUGAAAAUUCCAGAUGGUAUGGCACCAGAACAAGCAGCACCACUAUUAUGUGCUGGUGUGACAGUGUACAGUCCAUUGAACCAUUUUGGUUUUAACCAAAGUGGACUAAGAGGUGGGAUUUUGGGACUUGGAGGAGUUGGACACAUGGGAGUAAAAAUAGCAAAGGCAAUGGGACAUCAUGUUACUGUCAUUAGUUCUUCAGAUAAGAAAAGACAAGAGGCAUUGGACCACCUAGGAGCUGAUGAUUAUCUUGUUAGUUCAGACAAUGAAAAAAUGCAAGAAGCUGCUGAUUCACUUGAUUAUAUUAUUGACACUGUACCUGUUAAUCAUCCUCUUGAACCUUAUCUAUCUUUGCUUAAAGUGGAUGGCAAGUUAAUCUUGAUGGGAGUGAUCAACACUCCUUUGCAAUUUGUCUCACCAAUGGUUAUGCUAGGGAGAAAGAGCAUCACUGGAAGCUUUAUUGGUAGCAUGAAGGAAACAGAGGAAGUGCUACAUUUUUGCAAAGAAAAAGUUGUUACUUCUCAAAUUGAAAUGGUGAAAAUGGAUUAUAUCAACACUGCAAUGGAAAGGUUGGAGAAAAAUGAUGUGAGGUACAGAUUUGUGGUGGAUGUUGCUGGAAGCAAGCUUGACCAGUAAUAUUACACAAGAAAAGGCUAUAUAAUAUAUUAUAAGGAGAAAAAUUGGAAUACUCAACUUUGAUAUUGUCAUCGUUUGUUUCCUUCAAUUUGUACUUGUAUUUUGUUAUUUUUAAAUUGAACCUGUAUUAUCGUGUUUGGUGAUUGAAUGUUACACUUCUGUGCUUUGGUUUCUACUU